GACAUUUUCUUUGCUUUCUGAUUAGUCCACCGAGUCAAUCUCCGGAACGCGGCGUCACACCCGAGGUGACAGGACAGGGAAAACGCGAGAGGCGUUGUCUGCGCUAAACAGAGACGGACCUGAGGAUCGGCAGUGGCACCGCUCAGGUGACCCGGCCGCCGGAUCCCGGGACCUCGCACCUGUCGCUCUGCAGCUACUCCCCUCCCCCUCGCCCUCCCCGAUCCUCAGGUGCCGAUGGCGGCCGCCCUGCUGACGGACCCGGUGCAGGGGAAAGUGAACUUUGAGGACGUGUUCGUGUACUUCUCCCAGGAGGAGUGGGGGCUCCUUGAUGAGGCUCAGAGGCUCCUGUACCGCGAAGUGAUGCUGGAGAACUUUGCCCUUAUGGCCUCACUGGGUUGUUCGCAUGGAAUGGAGGAGGAGGAGAUACAUUUUGAGCAGAGCGUUUCUGUAAAAGGAGUGUCACAGGUCACGAUUCCUAAGACGAUUCCGUCUUCCCAGAAGGCCCACCCCUGUGAGACAUGUGGCCCGAUCUUGAAAGAUGUUUUGUACUUGGCUGAGCACCAGGAAACACACCCUGGGCAAAAACCAUACAUGUGUGUGGCAUGUGGGAAACAACUCUGUUUCAGUGCAAACCUUCACCACCAGAAGCAGCACAGUGGAGAGAAACACUGCAGAAGGGAUGAGGGUAGGGCCUUUCUUGUGAACAGCUGCUCUGUCCAAUCAUUGGACAUGCCCUUUACCACAGGGGAGGGUUGUAAGGACUUCCCAACUAGCUCAAGCAUAUUCCAGCACCAUGCUCCUCUUAGUAAGUGGAAGCCACAAAGUAACACCAAGUGUGCAGAGGCCUUUCACAGUGGACAAAGGCAUUACAAGUGCAAUGAAUGUGGGAAAGCCUUCAGCCGCAAAGACUCACUUGUUCAGCACCAGAGAGUCCACACUGGAGAAAGGCCUUAUGAGUGCAGUGAGUGUGGGAAAACCUUCAGCCGCAAACCCAUACUUGCGCAGCACCAGAGGAUCCACACUGGAGAAAUGCCUUACGAGUGUGGCAUAUGUGGGAAAGUUUUUAACCAUAGCUCUAACCUUAUUGUACACCAGAGAGUCCAUACUGGAGCAAGGCCUUACAAAUGCAGUGAAUGUGGGAAAGCCUACAGUCACAAAUCCACACUUGUUCAGCAUGAGAGUAUCCAUACUGGAGAAAGGCCUUAUGAGUGCAGCGAAUGUGGGAAAUACUUUGGUCACAAAUACAGACUCAUUAAGCACUGGAGUGUUCAUACUGGGACAAGGCCUUAUGAGUGCAUUGCAUGUGGGAAGUUCUUCAGCCAAAGUUCCGACCUUAUUGCACACCAGAGAGUUCACAAUGGCGAAAAGCCAUAUGUGUGCAGUGAGUGUGGAAAAGCCUUUAGCCACAAACAUGUGCUUGUUCAGCACCAUAGAAUCCACACUGGAGAAAGACCGUAUAAGUGCAGUGAGUGUGGAAAGGUCUUCAGGCAAAGAGCUUCCCUCAUCAGACAUUGGAAAGUUCAUGCUGGAGAAAGGCCUUAGGAUAGCAAGGAAUAUGCCAUAGUGGGUGACACCAGAGAGAAUCUCAGAGUAGCCUAUGUGAGUAGCCAUCAGCUGGAAGAUGAGUCUCAUACAUUUGAACUCCCACCCUGAGGAGAUGCUUCUGUGUGCCAGCUAUAUGGGAAGGUUUCUGGAGAAAUAUUGCACUUCGUAACAUGCCUUUGUUCACUGUGAGAGGCCUCUGCACACUUGCCAGAAGCAUAUCACUGCCAGUGUCUCUGAAAGAAUCCAUAUGUCUGUGCAACAGCAGGGUGCCACAUUGUGUGUAAGUCACCCCAGAGUGCUUUGAUGGGCAAGAUCUCUGCUCUUCCUCCCUUCCUUGGAGGGAAUCAUCGGUAGCCUGAGCCCAUUGAAGAUCCUCACUCCUUCCUGCCCCCCUACUGGUUAAGCGUGGAUGUGACCCAAUUUUGGCCAGAAGACCGUAAGCUUUGUUCUGCUGGCUGCUUGCAGAGAUUUCCAUUUUUCAGACUUUAUUGGUCUCAUGUGGCACUCGUGAUGGAUUUGUCCAGCCCCCAAGUCACCUAACUUGGGAAUUGUCUGACUCAUAUUCUUCUGGGUUUGCAACAAAUACCUUAGUUUUUAACUACGUUGAAUCCUGGGGAUUCUGUUCACUUUGUGGGUUGAGUUGAGAACAGAAUUGGGCUCUGCCAGCCUGAAAGAAUGAACAGCUUGUGUGAGAGGUCCAACUGUUGUGUCUCAGUGGUAUUUGCAGAAUGGUGAAGAAAGAACAGCUCUUAUUCUAGUUUCAGCCUAAUUUGCAUUGUUACUCAAGGCCUCCUAGGAAAGAAUACCAAUCUUUGCAGGCCUAAUCGUGUGUCCUGUAUGCCAAGAUGAUUUGUGUGACCAAGGUCUUCUUGAGCAAUGGGCAUUUGUCAUGACAACUUCUGAUGUGCCUGGGAGCAGCAUGAAUUGGGUCCCUUGUUCCCAGGGAAUGCUUCAUAUUCCCCAGCCCUCUUUAAGAGAGUUUGAUUCCCUGGGACCUACCAGCAUCCCUGAAAUCUAUUAUUUGGUAGGCAGAUGUCACUGUCCCCUAAAAGGACAUCUGAUAAAUAGGAAGUUGGGAGACUAUAGCCAACUAUAGGGAAUAUAACUCUUCUAAAGGCGUACCCACAAAUGUUUCUAUCACUGUGAUUUUGGUAUGAGCGUUUAUGGAACUUCUCAGGACUCAUAUUUGUGUCUCAUAAUCUUACGGCUACAGUUACAGUCUGAGCAAUUUAAACAUUUUCUGCAAUUAAUUGCACAUAUUUAUAGUGUAUAAUUUGAUACGUUUCGAUACAUGUUUUCACCUUUGAAACAGUUUCCUGAUUCCUUUUAUAAUAUCUCUCACCCUCACCCAUUCCCAGGCAACCACUCAUCUUGCUUUCUGUCAUUAUAGAUCUGUUUGGAUUUCCUAGAAUUUUAAAUGUGUGUGUGUAUAGAAUAAUUUAAAAGGUACUAGUAUGUAUAUGGCUUUUCAAACUAUGCAUAAUUAUGUUGUGAUUUAUCAGUGUUCUGUGUAUCAGUAAUUCAUUCUUUUUCAUCCAUACUUUUGCUUAAAGUAUUCCACUUUAGAGAAACAGUUCCAAAGCAAGUGACCCAGGAGAGAACUCACAGGAAUGAAGCCACAGUAUCUGUGGCUCAUAACCUUCACCUGGAAGUGAUGUGCCAUCGUUUUUGACUUACUAUGUGGGUAACACAGACUAAUCCUGGUUCAGGGUGGAAGGGGACUCACUUCACAACGGUGAAAAUACAAAGAGGUAGGGAUUUGUGGGAGCAUUUCUUGAAUACUGGUGACCACAAUCAUAGUUGUUUUUCUUUCUUUUACCUUUUUAGUCUUUUAAUGAGGAAUCAUAUUGACUGAUUUUAAAAGUUAAACCAACCUUGCAUUUCUGAGGUAAACCCUAUUUGGUCAUAAUGUACUACUCUUUUAUGCAUUGUUGAAUUUUAUAUGCUGGUUUUCUUUUUUUUUUUUUAAGAUUUUUGCAUCUAUGCUCACGAGGGAUGUUAGUCUCUAAUCUUUUUAAUGCAUGAGUUUGGUUGCUGUCAGUGUAAUGCUGGCUUUACAUAAUAAGUUGGUUAAGUGUCCCCUGCUCUUCAAUUUUCUGGAAGAGUUUGUGAAGAAUUGACAUUAUUUCUUUCUUAAUUGUUUGGUGGAAUUCACUGGUGAAGUAUUUGGGCCUGGAGUCUAUUUUGUGGGAAGGUUUCUAACUAUAAAUUUAAUUUCCAUAGUGAACAUAGGUUUAUAGAAUUUAUCUUUUUUUUCCCCCUACAGUGAGCUUUGGUGAUUUGUAUCUUUAUCAAAGAGUUUGUUUAUUUAAGUAGUCAAAUUUUUCAAGCUAUCCUUUCAUUAUUUUAGUACCUGUAGAAUCUGUAGUGAUGCCACCUCUCUUAUUCCCGACACUGGUAAUGUCUAUAUUUCUCUUUUUUUCUUCAUCAGUAGUUUAUCAGAUUUAUUGAUCUUCUGAAUGCACUUGAUUUCACUGAUUUUUCUGUUUUUUCCUUUUCCUUUUUUUCCCCCCCAUUUUGACUUUUACCAUUGCCUUUUGCUUUUAUUGUAUUUCAUUUCUGUUCUUCUACUACUUUUUAACAUAGAUCCUGAGAUCCUUCAUUUGAAACUUUUGGAUUUUUUUCCUAACAUAGGUGCUAAAUUCUAAAAGUCACUGUGUAACAACUGCUUUAGUUGCGUCCCACAAAACUUUAUAUGUUGUAUUUUCAUUUUAAUUACAUUUAAAAUCUUUUCUGGUUUCCUUUUAAAUUUCUUCUUUGACACAUGGUUCUUUUUAGAAG